AUGUCUGUUAGAGAGUAUAGUGUGGAGUUUGAUUCUUUAGCCAGAUAUGCCCCUUCUAUUGUACAGGACAUGGAAGAUAGAAUUCACCGAUAUAUGAUGGGAUUAGAGCCAGAGUUGCAGGAAUCUUGUAUGGCAGUAGCAAUGCAGCCGAGUAUGGAUAUAGCUCGUAUUCAGGCGUAUGCUCAAGGGUCAGAGGAUCGUAGACGCCAACGAGAGGCUAUCUCAGAGCAGAGUAGCAGUCAGCCCAAGAGGACCAGGGAGACAUCCCCUAGGCAGAGACAGAGUUCUUCUUAUGCAUCGGGUUCUCAGCAGCAGAUGAGGUCAGAGCAGGAGGUGAUGCCCCCUCCCCGAUGUGCGUCUUGCGGGGGACAUCAUGUAGGACGGUGUCGUCAGGGUGUAUGCUAUACUUGUGGUGACCCGUGGCACUAUGCUAGAGAAUGCCCACAAAGAGUGGGUAGUAUUGUUCCUGAGAAUUCGGUAGCAGCGUCGUCACCCUAA